AUGGUUCAUGAGCACGGUCCAAGAGUGAUGACCAACGGCCCAGACAUCCAAUGGCACUGGAGGAACUUGAACAUGCAAGUGCACUUGAGCCCCAGCUGUCCGUGUCAAAACGACAUGCUGCAGGUCAAGACAAACGACACGGUGGGCACCGUCCCGUGUCCGAUCGGCCACGGCUGGAACCUUUUCGGUCUGCCCGGAGACACCACGUCACCGAGCCGCUUCAUCCGCCUCUUAAAACCUGCGAGGAUAUUCCAUGGAAGCAAGCCCCAUCACGAACUUCGAGGAUGCUGUGGAGUGGUGUUAGGAACUUCGCUUCUCAACAACGUCUUCAUCCCCCACGGUGCAGUCGCUGCGGAUCCCAGAGCUGGGCCCAGCGACGGCCCUGAAUUCACGGACCGUGACUAUGCUGUCCUAAAAGCUCCGAAGGAGAAGGUCUACAUGGUCCGAGGCUAUCGCAACAUGCAGGGGCGGAAAAUUGAACUCACGAGGCUGGACAUCUCCAAAUGCCCGCUUGAAGACGGAUCGCUGGGGGCCUAA